CUGUGAAGAAACGCAAUUAUCAAGAAAGAAUCGAUACAGAAACUUAAAUGAGGUUCCCCAGGCUCCUCUGAAUCCACGUGAUCACUACAAGGAAAUUGAAACUAAGAUUUCAGGGUUCCUAGGUCCACGGUCAGAGAUGAGUCAUUUGUGAUACCAGCUGCAGAAGCUAAAAAGUAGAGGGAGAGCCAGUAAGCAUCUGAGUGCCUGCUGACCAUGGGGGACCAUACCAGGGAGGACCAGAUCAUCGCCAUGGACUGUGAAAUGGUAGGAGUGGGACCUCUUCGGGAAAGUGGUCUGGCCCGGUGCAGUCUCGUGGACUAUCAUGGCUCAGUGGUGUAUGACAAAUACAUCAAGCCAGAAGGGGUGAUCACAGACUAUCGUUCCCACAUAAGUGGGAUAAAACCUGAGCACAUGCUGACAGCCAUACCUUUCGCAAGUGCCAGGGAAGAGAUCUUGGAACUCCUCCGAGACAAGCUGGUGGUAGGCCACGACCUCCGCUAUGACUUUAAGGCACUGAAGGAGGACAUGACAAAGUACAGGAUCUACGAUACAGCCCAGGACAGGCUGCUUUGGGAGGCGGGAGGCCUGGGGGGCUGCCGACGUGUGGCCCUCAAGGUUCUGUGUGAGAGGGUCCUCAGGAGAAGAAUUCAGAACAGCAAAUUUGGACACUCCUCUGUGGAAGAUGCUGGAGCUACUAUGGAACUCUAUAAAAAAUCCAGGACAAUAAGGGCCCACUGAAAGGGGGAAUGCAGGGGAGGAUGGCCUAGGCACAGCUGCCCUCCAGUUCAAAGGUCCAUCUGAAGAGGAUGAAUGGAAGCUACAAUCUUUCAAGGAAACCUUCUUCCCUUUAGAAACAACAUCCCCCAAAAUCUUUCACUUUCUUGCUUUGUAUUAUGAUAAUAAAAUGGAUCUCUAUUUUCUCUA